GUUAGUGGAAACAGUUUAUGAUUUUACAUGCAAAUACAUAUUUAGCUGGGACACGAGGAUUUAGAUAGUUUCGUGAUGUAGUCUGUUUUAUUAUUGUCAACUGGAGUAAAGUUCGCACUACUUGUGAUUUGUGUUAUAGAUCUACGUGUAAUGGCGACCACUCGAUGGGGAUGCCUGGGUCCGGGGAAGAUAUCAGAGGAUUUCUUCAUGGCAAUUAAGGAGAAUCUGCCCGCUCAAGAACACAAGUUUGUCGCGGUGGCGUCACGUGAUCUUGCCAGGGCCCACACAUUCGCGGAUAGGUUCGGAUUUGAACGUGCAUACGGUUCGUACGAGGAAGUUGGCCAGGACAGCGGUGUCGAGGUGGUGUAUAUAGGAACGCUGCACGUGACGCACGUGGAUCUCGCGCUGAAGAUGAUGCAUGCCGGGAAGCACGUGCUCUGCGAGAAGCCAAUGGCGAUGAACCUGAAACAGGCGCAGCUUGUUCUUGAUGCCGCUAAAACCGAGAAUCGCCUCUUUGUUGAGGCUGUUUGGAGUAGGUGGUUCCCAGCGUACCAAAAGGUGAGAGAAGAACUAGCAGCGGGAGCCAUCGGCGAUCCCCGCCUGGUGUUGGUCAACUUUUGCGUCCCCAUCUCCGAGGUGGAGCGGGUGAAGAACAUUGCCAUGGGCGGCGGAGGCUGCCUGGACAUCGGGAUAUACGUGGUGCAGCUGGCCUGUAUGGUGUUUAAUGAGAGGCCGGUGUCCAUUUCGGCCGUGGGAAAUCUGAUGGGAGCGGUGGACGAGAGUGCAGUGAUCGUGCUGAAGUACAAAGGUGGAGGGCUGGCCAACUUGACCUACCACACCGCCGCAGGUCGAGGAACAAACAGCGCCACCAUCAUGGGACCGAAAGGACAGAUUCAGAUCGAAAGCCCGUUUCACGCCCCAACGCGUGUCAUGACGCCGUCCGGUACCAACGAGUUCCCAUUAAAAGAGGGGUCCUACCACUUCGGUAACAGCGCCGGCCUGCAGUACGAAGCGGCUGAGAUCCGUAGAUGCCUAUUGGAAGGUGCAAUCGAGAGCCCCGCGUUUGCGCACAAGGAUAGCGUCAUGGUUCACACAAUUAUGGACGAGGUCCGUCGACAGAUUGGCGUUGUUUACCCGGGUUUCGACUGAAGAGAAGAAACUGCGCUCACUUGGGAAAAAAACAACAUGUCACAUUAAGCCUUCUAUAUUACGUUUCGGGUUCGCUCGGGUUUCCUAAGUUUACCUAUUGUCUAGUUGAUUUUGUGUUUUUAGCUUAGAUAGCAAGAUUUGUAUGUUAUUACAAUUUUCAAAGAAUGUAUUAUCUAGUUAUAGAUUUUUAAGAUCACAUUAAUGAAAGUGAUUGCACUAUGUAAUUUGUUAUUUUGGCUUAAAGAAAACAAGAAUACAGAUGCAGAAACCUAGAAUAAUGCGUGUCUUCGAAAUAGUCUCUUUCCUUCAAUAAAAUAAUCCUGUUA